AUGGCUGAUCGACUAACAAACGCAGUAUUAUAUAUGAUUGCUGUUGAUAAUGCACCUCUAUCAAUAGUCGAAAAUGAUGGUUUUAAGCUACUGAUAAAAACAGCAGUUCCAUUAUAUAAUCUUCCUAGUAGGAAGACAAUCACAAAACUAAUGACUAUGAAAUAUGAAAUGCUCAAGAAGGAUGUCAAGGUACAUCUCAAAGAAGUUACAUCAUACACAAUAACCUGCGAUAAUUGGACGGACGUAAGCAAUCAAAGUUACAUUGGAAUAACAAUUCAUUAUGCGAUGCCCAACGGAAUACUGAAGAAUAGAUGUUUGGCAGUGGAACCAUUACAUGAAAGUCAUACAGCUACAUAUCUAUCAGAAAUUCUACUUUCCAUACUCGAUUCCUUCGAAUUAAAUCGAGAGAACGCGACAGCCAUUGUCUCUGAUAGUGCAGCAAAUAUAAAAAGAGCUGUGUACGAUUCGUUUGGUCGAGCCAAGCACUUAGCGUGUUUUGCUCACGUACUGUCACAUUUGAUUCCCGAUGUGAUGACUUCUAAUUCUAUUACAAAAGUGAGAAAUAUUGUCACUUUGGUAAAAAGAAGUGUCGUAGCUUCGGAUGAAUUAAAACGAUUACAAGUUCGCGACGGAAAAACUGCAUCAACAGCUCUCAAAUUCAUCCAAGACGUUCCAACUCGAUGGAAUUCAACUUUAUACAUGCUGGAGAGAUUCCUCAUUCUCGAGGAAUAUGUUUAUCCUGUAACUCUCAAAUGUCGAAAUAUUCCAGAGAUGCUAACACGUUAUGAAAUUCAACUAUUGAAGAAUCUUAUUAGCUUGCUCACACCUGUCGAAAGGGUCAUUACGGAAAUAAGCGGCGAUUCAUAUCCAACGACGAGUGUCAUUAUACCAAUAAUACAUUGUAUGCAAGUAGCAAUAUGCUCUUGGGAACCAAAACAAUUGGAAGUCGAUAACAAUGUGACGGAAACAAGUAUACAGUUUAAGAAUCAUCUUCUGGCGCUAACAGAGCAAAAGUUUAAAGAUUUGGAAUUUAAUCCAAUCCUUGCAAUCUCAACUAUGUUGGAUCCGCGAUUCAAGAAACUACAUUUUCAAUCUGCACUGGCAGCAUCCUCAGCAAUUACAAGAAUUAACACCUUAAUGAAACCCAAUACAGUUUCUGAAAUGCCCAAUAGGGUUCCGACAAGAUCAUCAAAUAAUGAAUCAAGUAUAUGGGAAUAUCACGAUGAAAUGGUGACUAAAAAUAUUGAUUCGAUAAGCAACGACAAAGAAGGUCUCAAUCUUGAAUUACGACAGUAUCUUAAUCAACCAGUAAUUUCACGCUACGAAAAUCCUUUGAAACACUAG